AUGGCCAACGACACCCCCGCCUCGUGCCUUCUCUUCAUGCGUCUCUGCCAGCUCAAGAUCAGCGGCAAAGACAUCAACGACCUCAUCGAUCGUAUUCAAUCUCUUUCGCUCGAAUACAAGCAGGCUUCCGGCCGAGUUGUCGACGACGAUGCCCUCAAAGUGAUCCUCAUCAACCAAGCCUUUGCUAUCCCGGAGUAUCACCUUGUUGUCAAGGGUCUAACCGAGAAAGGUCAGCUCGGAGACUACUAUACCCUGGCCAAGGCUUUGCUUGACAAGUGGAAAUCCAUCCGCUGA